CUGUACGGCCUGCGCGACGAGCAGCUCGAGGCCGUGCUCAAGGACUGGGGCCAGCCGAAGUUCCGCCUCAAGCAGAUCCGCGACUGCCUCUACGGCGACGCUCCGGCGGGCGACAUCGACGCGAUGCACACGCUGCCAAAGGCGCUGCGCGCCAGAUUGCGGGAGCACGCCACGCUGGGCGAACUGGGGGUCGAGUUCGAGCAGCAGUCCAAGGACGGGACGCAGAAGCGCCUCUGGCGCUGCCACGACGGGUCGCUCAUCGAGUCGGUGCUGAUGCCGUAUGACGACCGGCGGAGCGCCGCCUGCAUCUCGCGCACCGCGUGCAUCUCGUCGCAGGUGGGCUGCGCGAUGGGCUGCACCUUCUGCGCGACCGGGCAGAUGGGCUUCCGGCGAGACCUCAGCGAGGCGGAGAUCUUCGAGCAGGCCGCGCGCUUCUCCUCCGAGCUGCGCGCGCGGGGCGAGCGGCUGAGCAACGUCGUCUUCAUGGGCAUGGGCGAGCCGUUCCGCAACUACGACGCCGUCAGUAGGCGCAUCAUGGACGAGCUCGGCAUCGGCGCACGCCACGUCACAGUCUCGACGGUCGGCCUCGCGCCUCAGAUCCGGCGCAGAUCCCCCGAGAUUCCCCGAGAUUGCAUCGGGAACGGACUCAUGUCUCCCAACCAGCGCCCGAGAGGACGCGCACUCCGCUGUAGUCUUCUCCGUUGCGCGUGCCACUACUACGUGGAGCGCAGCGGCCGGCGCCUCACGUUCGAAUGGGCGCCGAUCGCCGCGCGGAGCGACGCCGUCGCUUUCUUGCUCUGUUCUUGCUUGCGCACGCUGCUCGGCAAGCUGCUGCGGGGCCUCAAAUGCCACGUCAACCUCAUCCCGCUCAACCCGACGCAGGGCUUCGACGGGGCGCCCGCGAGCCUGCCCGACGCGAGGGAGUUUGUGGAGGUGCUGGGUCGGAGCGGCAUCCCUGCGACCGUGCGCGUGCGCCGCGGCAUCGACAUCGAUGCCGGGUGCGGCCAGCUG